UCUAGACUAAGUAGUGUGUGUUAUAUAUCCAUCCAUUAUAAGGAAGUAGUGCAUAAUGUGCUAAGCUACAAUAUUAACGAUGAUGAUGAUGAUGAAAGGCACCGCAAUGAUUCGCUUGUUCUCUGUUGUUGUUCUAGUAGGGCUCUGUCAUCUGAUAUGCUUGACGAGAGCAGUCCCUAUCACAAGAACCCAAAGCCUUAUUAUGCAUAAAGGUCCCCAAGUUGAUGCUGCUUUAUUGGCGGUGGAGAAUAUCAACAACCACAACGUUAACCUACAACGAGAAGUUGUCAUCAUCAGAGAAAGAGACUUGGAGGAGACAAGAAGUAGUUCAGCCGUUAAUACUGAGAGGAUGAGGUUGUUGGAACUGCAUGACUACCCACCUACAGGGUCUAAUGACCGUCACAAUCCAAAACCACCAUCUCCAUAGCAUUUCAAUGUUGUGUAUUGAUCGACCAUAAUCAACCCAUGUGGCGUCUGCCUCUACGUAUGAAUUUUCACUAUAUAUUAUGAAUGAAUAUCAUGUUUUAUUAUGUUAUGCUAAUUCAGUGUUAUUAGGGAAUAAAUUAAACUAGUUUCUCAAUAACUUGCUUAAGUGGAAGCAAAAAUGUAAGCUGCACUGAUGAAGAUGAGUAUCAAUUAUUAAUUAAUUGA